AUGUCCAGCUUUUCCGAAUCCAAACCCUCAUCACAACACAACAAGACAAACUCGCCGCCUUCAGCGGAUCGCCUCGCUCCCGUAAAAGAAGCCGUAAAAGCUCUUCUCCAUCAACCCGACUACGAUGACGGUAGCGCAGGGCCGGUCUUGGUCCGCUUGGCCUGGCAUUCGGCGGGCACGUAUUGUGUAGAAACAAACACGGGAGGGAGUAAUGGCGCCGGCAUGCGCUACGAGGCCGAAGGCGGCGAUCCAGCCAACGCAGGUCUCCAGUAUGCGCGGGCUUUCCUCGAGCCCAUCAAGGCAUCGUUCCCCUGGAUCACCUACGCCGACUUGUGGACGCUGGCUGCUGUCGUUGCGAUACGUGAGAUGGGUGGACCCGAGAUAUCCUGGCAGGGUGGGCGGACCGAUUUCACCGACGACUCUCGAGUGCCGCCGCGUGGGCGCUUACCGGACGGGAGCAAAGGCGCCGACCACCUUCGUUGGAUCUUCUACCGUAUGGGCUUCGACGACAGAGAGAUCGUGGCUCUCAGCGGAGCCCAUAACCUAGGAAGAUGCCAUAGCGGGCGGUCUGGUUUCGAGGGCAAAUGGGUCAACAACCCGACUCGCUUCUCGAAUACGUACUUCAAGCUGUUGCAGACGCAUGAAUGGAAGAAGAAGAAACUGGAGAAUGGGUUGGAGCAGUUCGUCUACGUAGACGAGGACCUUGAUCCAGAGGAAGCCGAGGAGGAGACCUUGAUGAUGCUGCCGACCGACAUGGCUCUGCUGGAAGAUCCCAGCUUCAGGGUGUGGGUCGACAAGUACGCCGCUGACAAGGACUUGUUCUUUCGAGAUUUUGCGGCCGUGUUCGCGAAGUUGAUGGAGUUGGGAAUUCGGCGCGACGCCCAAGGCAAUGUCAUUAACCAAGAGAAUAUCGAGGAUGGGUAUAGAAGUGCGCCCAAGAAGAGUGAUUCACCGGGUGUACCUGCACGAGACCAGGACGCGGGACAAAUUGCGCACGAGGCUGGUCAACUGAAGAAGGAACUUGAGCAAGCAAGAGGCCGCGCCGUGGUUAAGUCGAAGCUGUGA